AUGUGGGAUGCUGUAAGCGCAUUCAUCGCCCGAGUUGUGUCACGUUUUCCCGGAACAUCUAUCACUGGUAGUCUUGUCGUUUGCCUCAUACUGGCGGCUGGCCUUCAUAAUGUUCGCUUUGAACAGGACAUCAGGAAAUCAUUCUCCCCGGAUGACUCCGUAAGUGGGAAAGUAGCCGAUUGCUUCAAGGAUCCCGAACGAUGUUCACCCGACCCCGGAUUGCGAUCGGCGUCCCAUGUAAUCCCGCCGCUUCUCGGCGACUCGGACAGCUAUUACGUACACAGCGUUCUAAAUCUUCGAAAAACACCUGCAGAAACAGGAGAAUAA